AUGUCAUGGGAACUGGAUGACGGACACAAUACAGAAAAUGAUAAAGGGAAUACAGAAGCUGAUCUAGAGAAUAAAGAAACCGAUACACAGAAUUUAGUGGCUGAUACACAGAAUACUGAAGUCGAUAUAGAGAAUACAAGAAGAGAUAUAAAAAAUUCAGAAACCAAUACACAGAAUACAAGAAAACUGAAAACAGGUACAGAGAAUAUAGAAACAAGUACAGGAAGUACAGAAACAGGAACAAGGAUUACAGAUACUUGUACAGAGGAUACAGUGACAGAUACAGAGAGCUCAAAAACAGGUUCAGAGAAUACAGCAACUGACACAGAGAAUAUAGAAACAAGUACAGGAAGUACAGAAACAGGAACAAGGAUUACAGAUACUUGUACAGAGGAUACAGUGACAGAUACAGAGAGCUCAAAAACAGGUUCAGAGAAUACAGCAACUGACACAGAGAAUAUAGAAACAAGUACAGGAAGUACAGAAACAGGAACAAGGAUUACAGAUACUUGUACAGAGGAUACAGUGACAGAUACAGAGAGCUCAAAAACAGGUUCAGAGAAUACAGCAACUGACACAGAGACUAUAGAAACAAGUACAGGAAGUACAGAAACAGGAACAAGGAUUACAGAUACUUGUACAGAGGAUACAGUGACAGAUACAGAGAGCUCAAAAACAGGUUCAGAGAAUACAGCAACUGACACAGAGACUAUAGAAACAAGUACAGGAAGUACAGAAACAGGAACAAGGAUUACAGAUACUUGUACAGAGGAUACAGUGACAGAUACAGAGAGCUCAAAAACAGGUUCAGAGAAUACAGCAACUGACACAGAGACUAUAGAAACAAGUACAGGAAGUACAGAAACAGGAACAAGGAUUACAGAUACUUGUACAGAGGAUACAGUGACAGAUACAGAGAGCUCAAAAACAGGUUCAGAGAAUACAGCAACUGACACAGAGACUAUAGAAACAAGUACAGGAAGUACAGAAACAGGAACAAGGAUUACAGAUACUUGUACAGAGGAUACAGUGACAGAUACAGAGAGCUCAAAAACAGGUUCAGAGAAUACAGCAACUGACACAGAGACUAUAGAAACAAGUACAGGAAGUACAGAAACAGGAACAAGGAUUACAGAUACUUGUACAGAGGAUACAGUGACAGAUACAGAGAGCUCAAAAACAGGUUCAGAGAAUACAGCAACUGACACAGAGACUAUAGAAACAAGUACAGGAAGUACAGAAACAGGAACAAGGAUUACAGAUACUUGUACAGAGGAUACAGUGACAGAUACAGAGAGCUCAAAAACAGGUUCAGAGAAUACAGCAACUGACACAGAGACUAUAGAAACAAGUACAGGAAGUACAGAAACAGGAACAAGGAUUACAGAUACUUGUACAGAGGAUACAGUGACAGAUACAGAGAGCUCAAAAACAGGUUCAGAGAAUACAGCAACUGACACAGAGAAUAUAGAAACAGGUACAGGAAGUACAGAAACAGGAACAAGGAUUACAGAUACUUGUACAAAGGGUACAGUGACAGAUACAGAGAGCUCAAAAACAGGUUCAGAGAAUACAGCAACUGACACAGAGACUAUAGAAACAUACAUAGGUUACGGAGGCUAA